AUGGACAGAGAGCCCCAGCUCUCAUCUUUAUCGGCUCAACUUUCCAAAGUCUCGAGCCCGGCGCCCGGCGCCCGGCAAACAGAGCAAGAAUUAGCGAAAAGCCCCGAGUUCCACGACUUGCACUUGCCCGACUAUAUCGAGUCAAGCAUGCAGGAUUUCGAUAUAGACGAACUUCUCCAGGCCGGUAUAUCGCCUGAUGGAGUUGAGAGCGAUGCAUAUGCACUAGAAAGCACUUUCGCGUCUGGCACCUCUCCAGAAGACGCGGCAGGCUCACAUGAAGGGGCAUACGGUCUUGCGAGAAGCAAUACAUUAUCAGAUGAUAUGGAUUGGAACUCGUACCAGCGCUCCAAAAGGAGGCUUGAGCCAGCCGAGGAAUACGAGACACGGGCAUCAAGAAGAAGGCCAUCGUCUAAGACUUCGUCCCAGGACUUGGUCUCUACGCCUUCCUCCUCGCCUCGUCCAGUGAUAACGGGCGGGAACUCGGGGCUCUCAACUCCGCCGAUUAUCCGUCAGGCACGACCAAGCCCGGCCGCUCGGACAGGGACGCAUUUCAAGAAUGCGUCGCCCUGUCGGUGUGUUGGUGUCACCCUCUCGCUUCUGGAAAGGAUACAAGGCCACAGGAAGUCCACCAGCCUACUUCUGGCAGAAGAAGCCCUACACUCACUAAAGGGGUCCAUAUCACAAUGUCAAGCACUGGCAAGCUGUCGCUCCUGCCCCAGCCCGUCGAGGGUCAUGGCAUUCUCGGUGCUGCUGGUCGAGAAGAUGACAGGGAUGCUGGAGGACAUGGCCUCCAUGUGGGAGGAGACCACCACGGCCGCGCCAGCGGAAGGGGGGAGCGCGGCCCAGCAGCAGUUAGACGCGGACGGGCGCGCGUGCGGCAGCGGAUCCUGGGCCCCGAUCCACCUUGGCCAAUACCGCAUAGACACCGCCCAGGAGUGGUAUGAGGUAUUCGGGUUCCUGGUGCUCCUGCAGGUACGACGCCUAAGCAGCUUCUUGGACAGGCUGAGGCGCAAUGCGGGAAGAGAGGGCUUGGAGUCGCACCGGAGCGCGUUGGGGUCGGUGGCGCUCAGGAUACAGGAGCUGCAGGAGGCGCUGUGGGAUGACAUCGGGGCUUAA